ACAAAAUCAGACCACCAAAAAUCGCAAAGACCGCUCAUAGAUUUUUCUCACUUUUCCCAAACCGUGGUAACUCAAAAACAAAACAAACAAAACAAUAUAAAAGCAGCACCGUUCGGUUCUCACACCAACGAUCACAGUCUUCUGUUUCCUUUAUAGCAACGCGCAGUUUUACGAGCUUGGGAAAAGGGAUACAUGCUUGACCUUGUAGCCUGAAAUUUUGAGGGUUGAUGUUUUAUGUGAGUAGAGAGUUGCUGAAAGGUGGAACACUGGCUUUCAAAUGGGACGGCAUUUGUGUGUGUUAGGAGCAGUAGCAGUAUGAGAUGACGACUUCCAGUUUUUUCCUUGUUAAACUGAUGGAUGAAGGCAAGGCAUUUGGUGGGGGGCCAAGGGAGCUUGGUGGUGCUGUCGAUCUCAUAAAUCAGUAUAAGCUUUGGCCUCACCAUGAAUUAUUCUGCAAGAGGUCACUACCUUUGUCAAUAUCUGAGACUCACUAUUUUCGGAAUGUUGUGGGUGACACACAAAUUAGGAAAGGAGAAGGGAUGGAAUUGGAUCAGCUCUUUCAUAACGCCUCCUAUUUGAGAGAGAAAAAUUCUUGUAUACAUCCUUUUGAUAUAGGUGAACUUGUGGAAGCCUUUCAUAUAAGAGAAACUACUCCCCUUGACCUGCCUUCUGCUGAGAGAGGGGUUCCCACAGCAACAAUGAAGUCAACUACCAAGUCCACAAGAGAUGAGGAAAUGAAGCACAAAAAGCGCGGGGACAAGGAGAAGAAGCAUAAACAUCACAAGAAGGAUGGAAGUCACAAGGAUAGGAAAAGAAGUGGAAUAGAACCUGGUAUUGAUAGCUUGAAGAAACAGCCUGACAAGAUGAGACGAUACAAGGGAUUUUAGAUGACUUUCUGGUGACCUCAACAUGAGAAAACCUGAAAUCAAGAAUAUUGGAGUUGGCUGGCGGCAGGCUGAAAACAUCUGGGUCACAUUGCUGAUUUUAUGCUCUCCACUAGGUGUAAAAUUUUCAUGGUUUAUUCAAGUGUAAACCUCUUGAUAGCGUAGAUGGAGAUGCAGGCAGCUUCAAGGUCUUCUAUGAUGAUGGCUGGUAAGGAAAAACCAUGAAAAGAACAAAACUAUAUUAUAGUGGGUUUUGACUGGAACUUGGACUUCUUUUUAUGUUUCAUAAAAAUUGAUCAUGUACUCAUCUCUUCAGGAUGGCCAUUGAUGGUGUCUAGCCAACAAAGAAUUCUCUUGAAUUAGUAACUUUUUAAAGUUUUUUGAUAAAUUUUAUACCUUUCGUAAAUAAGUAUGACCUAACAUCAUGAAUCAUAUGAUACUUGGUCAAAAAUCAAAUGGUGAUUAUCUGAAUAUGAGGGGAACACUGACGUUUGAAGCCCCGACGUUGUGCUAUCUGAAAGCGCAAGCGGAAGGUAAUGAAAUUUUAACAUAUAAAUGGGUCAAUAGUAUGAUGAAUAUAUGUAUUCAAGAUUUGUUAAACAUUGUUCUUAAAUUUAAUGUUAAAAGAAGUACAUUUUGAAAUUUUUUGAUGAA